AUGGUUAUGGAAAUCAGGAAAAGCAAGACCAGAGAAGACUGGAAAGAAGUUGCAAUGAUUAACGUCACAGGAUCCUACAUCCUGAAAACUUAUCAGAACUUGGAAAUUUAUUCUAUCACUUCUGAUAAAUGUUAUCCUGAAUCUGAGGUACUUUUAUCUUGCAACAUAGAGAUUUUAGUGUCUCUAAUUCUGAGCAGAUGUGCAAUUGACCAAAACCUCUACUCCAUCUUCCGAUGUAGAGUGUCAAACGGAAGCCAAUCUCCGAAGAAAAUUCAGGACUUAACUAUAAUUAAAAGCAGUGGACAAAAACCAGGAGACGUGAUACAGCUUAAAUGCACCGGAGAAGUUAAAAGCAUAAAUGGCCUUCCAAGUCAAAAUAUUAGAUGGUGCAAGAAUAUCUCUGGAAAAUUUACUGAAAUAUCGCUACAAGAACCUCCAAAUAUCGUACCAGUAUUUAGAAGCAAAGAUCGAUGCAAACAUAUACAAAAAUCUGAGAUCUUUUACCACAUCAUGCAAAGUGAUGCAUACCUAGAAAUUAUGUGUGAAUCAGGCUACGACGAAUACACGAGUGAAUGUGGAAAAGGAAGUGCAAAUUCGACGUUAUUCAUAAAAACAAAAACUUUGACUGAAGCAAAUGGACAGUGGAAAUUAUCUCCCAUCUUGAUAUACGACGACAAUGGGGUUGUUGACGAACAAAAUUUCACCACUCACGGAUUUGGAAGAACAAUUCAUUUAUUUUGUAGCGCUUCCUCAUUCACAUCUAACGGACAGACGAUAAACUGGUGCGGUAAGAAGAGAUACACUGAUAACUGGACAAAAAUUGUCACACAAGAAGACGAAAUAAAUCUAUCAACAAAUAAAAGUGGUGGGGAAAUGAUAAUGUUCAGUCGAAUAACCUAUCAUAUAACGGAGUUCGACAAGGUUGUUCAUUUUUUCUGUGAAGUUUCUACUUCCUCUUACAGUCCCUGUGGAUCAGGAUUAAGUUUUUCAAGACUUACAAAUCGCCUCUCUUUGAUUUCAGCCCAUCAAACAGCUCAACAAAGGAAGCCUUCUGAUAGGGAUAGUGCUACCUCUGUAGUCGUUUUAUCCUUCUUUCUGUGUUUGAUUUUAAUCACAAUAAUUAUUCUUGUGAUAGUAAUCUGCAGAAGAGGAGAAUUGACAAUAUUUGGAGUUGUGAUCAAGAUUGAAAGGAGCAACAACCGAUUUCAACUGCCAGAGGACGUGGACAAUGUAAACUCAGUGCAGUCUCAAUCAAAGGCCCCAAAAAGUAUAUCACAAUCAAGCAAACGAUAUAUUGAAGAGCCAAUUAAACAAAAUUCUGAGAUUGGUGAACAGAAGACAGAGUGA